AUACUUAUGCCUGGUGAGAGACAUGCAACACUCGCAAAGAGCAAGGGCAUACACGAUCUCUCUCUCCAUGAGCGGCACGUCCUUGCAAAUGCCCUCAAGGAUGAUGUCCUCACCAUCAAAUCUGUUGCAAUAGAUGCCCACAAAAGUCUCAUAGCCUCGCGUGACCCCGUCAUUGUUGGAGAAGCGCCCUUCGCAGAUUCUCCUCACACUCGUGGGCGAUGA